AUAACAAUAAAAUAUGCUGCAAAUAUUUCACCAAGUGUGGUAUAAAAUCAAGCAAGAACGAAGAUGAUUCUCAUAAUCUUGCACAUUUUAAUAUGGAACACAAAAUUAUUGGCGUCUGGCUCAUUAUAUUAACAGCUUACGGGCCAUGGCAUGUGCACGCAGCGGUGGACUGCACUGCGACUGGAAGCGGCAGGUUCAUUGAUCCAGAUGAUUCGACCUGCACUAAGUUCAGCCUAUGUCUGUACCUUCCUGGCAAAUGUCAAUACAAAGCCUUCGACUACACCUGCCCUACCUACACGAUUUUCGAUCCUGCUCUGACCGUCUGCACAUCUGCCACGAACUUCGUGUGCAACAGUAAAUGUCCUGGCGAAGGUAUCUUCCCGGAUCCAGACUCUACCGAUUGUACCUCCUAUCUAAUAUGCGUCGGAGAUGGUAAAGGAUUUGUAAACACUGUCGUAAAAUGCCCUGAAAAUACUCUGUUCAACCCUAGUACCACCGUUUGUGAGUUUGACUAUAUAUGCCCAAAAAAGGUUAGUUGCAGUUCUAAAGGAUACUUUGCUAAUAAGAAUGACAAGACUUGCCAGAGUUACUACUAUUGCUCAUUACUUGCCAAUGGUGAAUAUGUUAGAUACGAUUACAAAUGCCCUGGAAUAUGGAAAUUCAGUCCAAUAUUCCGUGGUUGUACACCGCUUUACAAUUGCCGUAACUAAAAUCAUAGUAUAAUAAUAAGAUUUAGUAUAAUAUUAAGAUAAUUUUAGUAACAAUAAAGCUCCUUUGAAAGAGUUCGUCCAGGGAAGUAUUGCCACCUUACCUAUUUCUGCCGCCAAGCAAUGUG